AGUCUCUGGUUGCUGGAUUGAUGUGGCUUGGUUUAAAGGAUGGAAGAUAUUUCAUGCGACAUGUCUGCCAAGAUUCAGAUGAAUUGAAGACAUAUGGUUGGACGUGUCACAAUGGACGGGAUUAUGGACGUCAAUGCUAGUUGACCAAGAUAUGACAUUGAUGACAAGUUUUUUGAAAUCCAAAGAAGAUGGCAGUGGCUAUGGAGGGGACUGGGCAGUUCGAAUUGAUGUGCAAAGUGAGAAAUCCAAGCUUAGUGAGGAGAUGCAAACUGUGCACCUUUUCUUCUAUCUUGCGGAUGAAGAUGGGAACGCUUUGAGUUUGAGUAGGGAGACCUUGAACAUUCGUGAGAAUUCUCUCCUGGCUUUUGGAUCACAAACAGAUGUUGGCAGUUGGAAUCUAAAUUUAGAAUCAAUGGAUGAUGUGGAAGUCCAUUAUUCUGGCUUCAGGACAUCUCACAUUCACAAUUUAUCAGACCUUGUCCAGCAAAAUCUUGGAGCCCAAGUGAGGAAGUUUGGUCGUUUGCAACUCUCAGACACUACCGAUGAUUCUUCAAACAUUUUAGUAUUUCAGGUAGGCAGUUAGGGAGGUAACAGGUUACAUGUGUCCACGGACUAUGAUUGUCAUUCUCAGGUUUCUAUUUCUC